UGGAGAUAUUAAUAUUACAAGUGAAGAUGUUUAUGAUGUGUUAGGCCUGCCAAAUGGAGGACAUCCUAUUAUUCUGGCAUCACCUGGAAAGUACAGUCAAAGAAUCAAAGAUUGGCAUGCACAAUUCACUUUAUCUGAUCAAAUAACAACACAGAUGAUUGUUCAAGUGAUGAAAAACCAAGAAGUUAAUGAUAACUUCAAAUUAAACUUCCUUCUUGUUAUGUCAAAUGUGCUUAUUGGUACAAAAGGAGCUUCUUAUGUGGACAAACAACUGCUGCAACUUGAUGAUAACCUUGACAAUCUCAAGAAGUAUAACUGGGCAGAUUUCCUCCUAGGCUACCUUGUAAUUGGAAUGGAGAGUUGGAACAGAACAACAACAACAUUUUUCCGAGGAUCACUAAUCUUUCUCACUUUGUUAUAUGUCGACCGUGUGAGGUACAAAGGAAUGAACCUGGUUGAUAGACAAUUUCCUUCCUACAAUGGUUGGACUCUAGAAAUGUUGAGACAAAGACAAGAAAUUGAGGUGAUUGACGGAGCUUUUGGAGUUGGAUCAAUCCAACCAAGUUUAAAAGAAUAUCUACAAAAAAUUGAUCCUUCUGAACCUCCAAAGACAAAGGUAAAUGAUAAUGAAAAUGGAGCCUGGGAUACGUGGCAGUAUUGGUCAGAGGUGGAUAGAAUUGAAAAAGAUUACCUCAAGAGAAAGGAGUCAACAUCACAACAACCUCAUGAAUCAACUCAGUGCCAAAGUCCACAAAAUACACAGUAUUACACUCCUCCAACAGAGGCAGCUGAUGGAAAUGUUGAACAAACUGAAGAGGAUGUACUUCAUGAUUUACGUAAAAGGGCAGAGGAACUUGUGGACAUAAAGUCCAAAUUUGAUGAAGAUUUAGUGAAAGCAAGGGAAAAGUUUCCCGAUAAUAAAAACUUUGCUAUUAUCGGUGAAAUGCUGAAAGAAUAUCUCAUUCCUAACCAGGAAACUGGUGAUGAUUUGGGUGAUGAAUUAUCACCUGAAAUAGUCGCCAGCCUAGAAGUUGUUGAAGAAAUGGACAGAACCGACAUUGAGAUCCUUGCUGAGCAACAGAAAGAUGAUGAGAGAUAUGUCCCUCCUUUUUCCCUUGGACUGGAUGACAUAGAAAAAGAAAGGAAUCAAAAUUUGGUCACGCCAGAGCCAGAACCACAAGAGAGAGAAAAAAGCAAGCGGACAAAGAAAGUUGGUCCAUAUCAAAAAUCACCCUAUGUCAACAGGGUGAUUGAUAUCAAGGAAAGAAUGAAUAAUGAAGACUUUGGAUAUUGGGUCUUCUUGCUAAAGAAAAAGGGCGAGCUAUUGUAA